AUGGCCGCUGAACGUCCUGUGAACGUCCCCGUGAACGUCCGGAGGACGUCUUUGCGGACGUCCCCGGACAGCCAGAGGACCCUACACAUGGACGUUCGGGGGACGUUCGCAGAGGCCAUUCAGGGGACGUUCUGGGGACCUUUUUUUGUUAGCUGGUCACUAGAUCACUCAUGUGAUCUUCGGAUUCUGCUGAUCGGUAAAACCGGUUCAGGAGUGAGCGCUUCUGGAAACACUAUCCUGGGUGAAAAUGUGUUUCCAUCCAAGCGGAGUUUGACCUCCAUCACUGACAGAUGCCAAACACACACGGCUGAAGUGUCAAACAGAAGAGUUACUGUACUGGACACUCCAAACUUCUUUAAUUCAUCUGCCAUUGAUCUGAGUGUGGAGUUAAAGAGAGGACUGAACAUGUGCUCUUCGGGAAUCCACGUGAUCCUUCUGGUUCUCCCUUUACACACUUUCACUCAGCAAGACGCAAAUAUUGUGUUCUUAUUCAAGCAGAUGUUUGGAGAGAAGGCCAUGAAACACACAUUUGUCCUCUUCACACAUGGAGACGAGCUUCACAGUGAACCACCUGUACAACUAAUGAGAGAAAACGCAGAACUGUCCAAACUAACAGAGGAGUGUGGAGGGAGAUUUCACCUGCUGAACAACAAAGAUCUGAACAACAGAGAUCAGGUCAAUAAACUCCUGAUGAAGAUCCAACGAAUGGUGUCUGACAAUGAGAACAGCUGCUACACUUUACAGAUGUUUAAAGAUCAGUCGCUCAAAGUAUUUCUGCUGAGAUUUAUGAAGCCCAAAUAUCUGUAUGCAGUCAGUGUUGUCAUUGUGUUUGCAUUGAUUUAUGUUAAUAUUGGGGCGUGAGAUUAAGCGAUCUCACUCUGCCUUUCAGUGUUCUCCUGUGUUUAUUAGGGAGUCACUUUAAUUAUACUUAGUCAUAAUGGGUCGGUCUAUAUCCUUUUAGCUGCCCCAUCAAAAAAAAAAAAAAAAAAAAAAGAAGGCAUUUGAAAAAUUGUUUGUUUGCAUUUCUUAUCUACUUAUGUCGCUAGUUAUCACACUCAAUAUAUAUAUUUUUUUCAACACAUCCCGUAAUUUUUUACAUAUCAGCCUCUACCAAUUGAUAUGUGACUUUAUGGUAAAAGUAACGAAUUCAUACAUGUGCUAUGGAAAUCAGAAAAUAUGAACUACAAUACUAAUUUAUUUCAAAACAAUCAAAAUAAAAUAGUUUUGUAUAUUGAAUCUUUAUUUAUUGAAGUAUGCCAUAAAAUAGUUAAGGUUUUCAUUUUAACAAAGGAAAUUAUAUGUUUUCUUGUUUUUUGAAUGAACAACACAAAUAACUAAAAGUAACAAAAAAAAAUG